UGAUUUACAUGAAUUACGUGAAAUAAGGAGGACAAGGGUUCAUAUCUGCUCAGAAUCCUGGAGUCAUUUUUACAGCUGAGAUAAUUUUCUGCAUGUUGUUUUUUUGAAGGGAGCAAAUUUUUCUAUUUAUUUUUCCUCAGCAAGCAUAAAUCGUGUACUUUGGGGUUGAAUUUGGAAAUUUUUCUUUGGAUAAUAGAUGACUAUUGCUUUACAUAAUCCAGAUUGAAUAAAUACAGUUAUUAAUUUGACAAAAACCCAGGAUUUUCCAACUUCUUAUCCACCAAGUGAGUAUAGACAUCUCUGGAGUUGCACUUGAGAUAUCAGCCCCCACAGAAUGCACGGCGAACGGCAUCAUGUUGAGGAUGUUGAACAAAGUGCAGUACAGCUGUUGCCCAGAAAUCCAUACUGUUUGAAUGAAGGAACUCACUGUGGUUGUAGAUUGCCUGGUGCGACCCUCCAUCCACAGUGGGUUACAACAAAACCGUGGUCACUCUGGAAAACAUUUCUGGUGUGUCUCUUGGCCUGUCUAAUUGCCACAACUCUUGUUGUUCUGGUCUUAUAUUUUGUCCACUUUGGCAGGCCCACCAACAGUACCACUAUCAUCAUUCACGCAGAUGGAAAGUCAAAUCAUGUCACCUGCAUCCCUGGUUCUCCCCCAUCUCCUGCCUCAUCAACCCUGCCUGGAUCUCCUACCACUGUGGCUAAACAAAGCUCCUCUGCCAAGGUGUCUCCGUCCUCCGUAGACACAACUAAACCAACAACAUUGGACCAUGAAGUUAUCAUUGAAGAGGAAAAAUGACAUUUUUUGAGCCCCUAGCUCUCCUCAAGCUGGAUCAACACCCUAGCCUUGAAGGAGGCAUGUCCGGGUGUCCUCUCUUCCUGUCAAAGAGCUUCCAAAGCAGUUUGGCUUCAUGAGAGCUUCUCCUCUUGCUCUGCUCAUUUGCUAUAUUCCCACAUGGUAAUCACUCAGUUCUUGGUUCCUCCAAUGUUCAAAUGAUUAGGAAAAUUUUUUUUCAACUGAUUCUGAUUGAUCCAUUCAGGCAGGGGCCCAGAGCUUUCUUUGCAUCCCUCCUAUAUAACCACCUUUCUCUUCACAAUGGGGGUUUCAGCUGAGGUAGAGGCUGCCAGGUGGAUCCCCCUCUGCUUUGUUCCCUGCCUGUUCGCUCUUAAGCCAGGAUUUACCCUCUAGUUAUUGCUUAUUUUACAGUCUCAUAUGCUUCACUAUUUUCAGCAUUUGUUUUCCAGUAGGGGGAAGGAAAUCUUCAAUUAUAGUAGUUAAUGAGAAAGAGUCUUAAAAUACCUAUUGGUUAUUGCAGAUGCAUUUCUCUUGUUGGGAAAUUCAGAAAAGAGAUCAGUGAGGUUAGAAAGGAAAGUCAAGGAAGAUUUUGGAGACAAACUAAGAGUUGGAAAAGGGUGAAAAUUUGGACUUAGGUAGAGAUAAUUAAAAUAGAAAAUUGAAAGGUGAAGGGGAUUUAACAUUUAAAAUCAAAAGCACGCUUAGAAACACUUCAGAUGUAGCAAAUGAUAUAUUUUAUAUAUAUGCAUUUUUCACUGAUAUUGUCAAUAUUAUUUUCCAUAUUUGAUAUUUUGCUCAAUAUCUAAAAUACCAUAAACCACUACUUAUAAAAUUUGAACCUUAAAAUUGUUUUGUAUUUUGUACUAUGAUUUUGCUUGCAGUUUGCUGCAUAACACAAGACUUGUUCAAUGUCAUUUAUAUUGAGUGUUUAAUAUUUACUAAAAGCGUACACAUUCAUUCUGGGAAAGACUUCAGAGUUAAAUGAACCUAUCCAUUACACCCCCGAAUCUUCAAACUACAAAAAUGGAAGACUGUCUCAGACAAACAGGCUUCCUACCCAAGGACUCAGCCCUGUGAGAGGACACUAAAGCCUUGGUAUCCAUCGUCCAACUUCUGAUUAUCUUUUGAACACACAUUUUCAGAGGUUCUGAAAGCAUUUUUUUCUUUUCCUAAAGCAAAAGACUUUGUGUUCUAUAUAAUUCUAGUUGAUUUGUUGCAGUCAAUAAGAGGCCAUGUAAAUUAGCAUAGACUUUGAGGCCUUACUGAGUAUCUAGUGUCCAUAAGAUCAGAAAUAUGGUCAUUCCUUACAAAAUUGUUAUAUAUGGACAGUUAGUAUUAUUUCUCAGAUACCAAGAGAUGUACACAUUUGAGUCUCUAAAUAUUAAUUUUAUACCACAAAUAUUUGAUAAUACAAUUUAAGAAUGAUGAGAGUUAUUAUAUACAUUUUAGAAAAGAAAUGUCAUAAAGCUCUAGAUAAGGUUAAUAAACACAAGGGAGUAAAUGUGCAUGCAUUUUCCCCUGUAUGAUUUUAAACCAAUUCAUUUUAUUGUAUUUUUUAUUUAAAUGCUUAUGAAGAAGAAAGACUAAAUUCACUAGGUUCAAAUGUACUUCUUAAUGUGAUUGAAACUUUGUUUUGUGAUAUGAAAGUAAAAGAAAAGAUUUUUAAAAAGGACUGAAAAUAAACUUACUUCUAAUAAAAUUUAAAAAAUAGUUUUCUAUUCUAGAAGCCAAGCUAAGUAACUAGAUGUUGUAAUAAGAGCUGUUGUUAACUUCUUUCACUUUUAUAGAUCUUACAGAAUGGGGUAUGGUAACAUGGGAAGGAUAACUUCUUUAUGUUUAAGAAGAAUCUUAGCAAUGAACUUCCUACAUUAGAUAUUGGGUUGGAGGAUAUUGUAAUUAAAUUAUCUGAGAUCAUCAGGUUUUGGAGCUUUGUAAAACAGAGAUAUGAAUGAGCUCUUGGGUUCUUUUUUUUUCCUUUAGAUUUUUAUGGUUUAAUAAAAUAUUAAAAUAGUAAA